UUUAAAAAUGAUAAAAUAUUAUUAUCACGUUAGCUUGUGUUAUCUUCCUCCCUGUCUCCGUCUCCCUCUCCGUCUGUGUCUCAUUUUUCUCUCACUCUCACCUACGACGAACCCGUAGAAGAAGCUGUAGAAACCUGUAAAGAAAUCAUCCAAUAUUUUCACUGAUUAUGCAGUCAACAUUUGUGGACUUAACAAUUCAGUCUGGGUCACAACAUAGCUCUUGGCAGAGUUGACAUUGUCUCUCCGUCUCUUACCAACAAUUGAAAAAUGUGGCUAAGAUCUGUUCAAAUGCAGUCAGAUCCUGGAAAAGCUUCUGCUCUGGUGGAAAAGGAUGAAAAUAACUUGAUUGGUUUGAAUUUGGCAAGUAACCAGGAUAAUUCUCAUCGAGAACCUAUAGAUUUGUCUUCUUCAACCUCUUCAUCAUCAUCUUCUGAUGAUGAGUCUAUUGAGACACAGUAUCUGACUAAUGGGAAUGCUUCCAAACAAUUGGUGCUUUAUGAUCCAAAAGCUAAUGGGACAGGUGAAAUUGUACCUGCUCCUGAACCUGUUCAGUCUCAGCAUCUACCAUUUGGGAGAUGCUUGGGCCCAAAUAUGCAAUCUAGGGUUUUGCCAUCUGUUGGGGCCUUCACGGUUCAGUGUGCCAACUGUUUUAAAUGGAGACUCACCCCAACAAAGGAGAAAUAUGAAGAAAUACGUGAACAUGUUCUAGAAAAUCCAUUUAUAUGUGAAAAAGCUCGUGAAUGGCGGCCUGAUAUAUCAUGUGAUGAUCCAACCGACAUCUCUCAAGAUGGAAGCCGACUUUGGGCUAUUGAUAAGCCCAAUAUUGCUCAACCCCCUCGUGGGUGGCAACGACUAUUAAGGAUCAGAGGUGAAGGGAGUACAAGAUUUGCUGAUGUGUAUUAUGAAGCACCAUCUGGAAAGAAACUUCGUUCGAUGGUCGAGAUUCAAAAGUACUUGAUAGAACAUCCAGAGUAUACCAGAGAUGGCAUAACUCUCUCACAAUUUUCAUUUCAAAUCCCCAAGCCCUUGCAGGAAAACUAUGUGAGAAGGCGUCCUGCUAAAGUGACUGUUGCUCAAGAUACUAUUAAAUCUCUUGAUCCUAAUGAAGUGAAUCCUCUAGGUUGGGCAGGGCCAGAUAGCGAUACAAACUUGCAGCUUGGAAGGCCAGCACUUCCACCUCUACCAUUUGAGACGCCUGUAUUAGAUCCUGUUCCUCGGCCAGCAAAGAAAGUGAAGACAACCCCAUCAAAGCAGUUGUACAGUAAUAAUCUGAUGUGUAAUCAGCAGCAGGUGACAGUAGAAGAGCCUGGUCAAUCUAGAAACAGUAGUAGUGAUCUGUAAGUGGUGUAAUGUUCUUCCUUUUGGUUUUUUUUUUUUUUUUGGGUGAAGUGACGAAGAAUACUUGUAUUCUACAUAUCUAACUCUGUAGUACCAGUUAUCGUUUUGAGAGAAGGGAGAGUUGAGAGGAUGGAUUGGUAUAAGCUUCAUUCUGUUUAUAAAACAAUAGUUUAUACCAGAUCCAAUACUCUUGUCACAUUUAGAAAAUCUGUUGUGAAAAUACGACUGUAUGUUCUGAUUUAUCCAGUUUCUGGUCCUACGGAAUUCAUUCA